AUGCUAUCCCACCAUCGAGGGUGGCUAUACCCACCCACUCGACGCGAACUUACGCUUCUUCUGUUCUCGCUGACGGUUUUCGUAAUCUCCUAUAACCUCGAGACGUCCCUGCACCUUAUUGGAAUACAUCCCGCGAAGUUGAGCGGGUCGUAUCUGUCCACCAUUGGAUUUGGAACUCGAGACCCAGGCUUUGAUCGUGAUGGCCGAAGACCAAAAGAAUGGCGAGACGAACUAGAAACCCUCAUCGCUGGCGAGUGGGAUUGGGACGAGCAUCAAAUCGCUGGAGUGGACCAUGGCCUCGCCGGACUUGUAAUUGGCAACACCACCGUAUACAACAUCGACUCGGGGGCGGCAGGUCGGAGCGCAGGAAUGGAUGACCGAGGGAUAGGAUUAAGCAACGGCGUAGCAGCCCACACGCAGUUUUUGAGGUGGGGAGGCGACGUUCCCGUUUCAAGGGCUGUGGCGCAUGUUCCUGGUUAUACCAUCAUCCACAACGCUAUUGUUGCGAACGGGACCUUCUUCCUUGUCACAGACGAUCCUGCGUCGUUACCGGAGCUUGCUGCCAUAGCUUCGUCUAGCGCGGAUCGCUCAUUGCCUCCUCGUGAACAGGAUUGGCAAAUUUUGAGUCGUGAGGAAGCACGGUCGAUGCUCGGAAACUUCGGCGGAAGACGCCUCGCGUUCACAAGGAUAUUCGGGACAACGUGGAUAUCCCUAGACCCAGCGACAUCCCAAGAUCCAUACGCAUUGUUCUCGCUUCUCCGUACUCAGAGCACCUUAGCGCUUUCAGACCGACUUGACAUACCCGCACCCUUGAGGUUGAUGUUCCCGCAUAUUCCUACGUUCUCGAGUCCACACAUACCGCCUGAAGGCAAUGAUGUGAAGCAGCAUCCCCCACAGCGGAUCAAGUCGUACGUGGGUAUCCACCCGUUUCUGCCAAAGGCAAUAUUAUCCGCCGUUGGCAUAUGGUACAUGGAGGAUUGGCAGGAUAUCGCAGACAUGAACGUACCUUGGCUUUUUGAUCGUGUGAUUAUCGCGGAUCGUAGUGCAGCAGACAGAAGUCGGGAACUUUGGGCGCGUGGAUGGUCUCCGCCGGAUGUGGCUGCUGAGCCUCCACAAGAGCUGAAGAGGCAAGUGGACACGGACGACGGGAAGCCAAGCUGGGCUGCACCAUUCGUCGGACUCAAGGCGAAAGAGGACUGGUGGACGCCCAUGCGCUCUGCUCUCCUCACGUAUCUCAAACUCCCUGCAUCCCAGCAGGGCGCAUCGGCUUCGGUAUGGGCCAAGAAAUUCAGGCCUGUCAAAGUAAAGCCUAUUGUCACGUAUGUUUCGAUGCAGGCCGAACCCACGGGUGCUGGUGCACGUCUGCACAGCGAGGAUCACGCUGCUCUGGUCGCGGGGCUGCAGAGCCUGGAGACCGACGGUGUGAUUGAUGAAUUUCAUGUCGUGCACGGCAAUGGGAGCUUGGAGACUCACGGAUCGGAAUGGACGGACAGGAUGAGCGCAUUCGCCAAAUCGAGCAUUGUUCUGGGACCAUAUGGAUACCAUCUCGCUGACAGUAUUUUCAUGGCUCUUCCUGGGCGUUCUAAGGGAGGCUCGGCUGAGGUCGCCGAGGAGAAUGGACAAGUGCCAGCACCCCUCCUGAUGGAAUUCUUCCCACCAGGCACAUUCAUGCGCGACCAGGAGUUUGCAGUACGUUCACUAGGUAUGAGAUACAUGGCGUGGUGGAAUGACCGGAAAUUCACCGGAAAUUCACUGCCACCUGUGAUACGACCAGAUGAGGCGAUAGCUGUUGAGGAACGAUUUUCGAUUAGCGCAGACGCGGUUAUACAAUCAAUUCGAGAGGAGAUACGACGAGGAAGUAUUUCCUAG